AUGGAAGAGUCAUACGACGAGAGUCGCGUUCUGCGCGCGCCACCAGAGUCUCGCCUUCUCCCGUGCCAGUCGCGUAUAUACGUCGACCGGGCCACGUUCCUGGCGUCCAUCGGCGCCGCGCUGACGUCACUGCUACAGCUGACGUGUACAUUGUGCUACGACAAGCACGCCAACGGGCUGACGUUGGCGGCGCUCCUCCGGUGGAAGCUGGGCAACUCCGCGGUCAAGUUGCACCGCGCGGCCGCGCAGGGCGCGCCGAAACUAAGUGACGUCAGCGGAGGCGAUGCGAACGAACUAAAACGGAAGGCCUCUGCGCUGUGGGACAGGUUGCCGGUCGAACACCGUGGUGAUCCAAGUCCAACCGACUUUCAGCUCUGCACCCAUCAUCCUCCGCAAUCAUCUACCCCCCCAAGCGGCCAGGCUCCAGAAGACGGCUCUGCACCAAAAGGUCGGUCCCUUUUCCAGGCGUUGUAA